GCCCGACGACUUUAAGCGGGGCCGAGGGCCGUUAUUUAACGGGCGCCUGUCAGUCAGCGUUUUGGGGCUCGUGUGUCGGCUGUUUAACCAGAUACGUUAAAUAAAACUAAACACCACUGUUAUUGAAAGAACAAUUAAUGGAAAAUAAACUUCGCGGCCGUAAGUAAAUGUCAGUAUCACAUCGGGGUAUGAUUUUUUUCCCCCCGACUCCGCGCCGGUUAUUACUAUUUUUUUUACUCUUGCCCAUUCAGCAUAAUUUAUUUAACAUGAAGGACUUAAAACAUUGAAUCGUAAGCCUGACUAAGAUCGCCAAUAGUAUCCAAACGAGUUCAGCUACAUUCAGAGUACAGUCUAAUUAGCUUUUAACCGACGUUUUAAAACAACUUACAGGGCGAUGGCUUUGCAGUGGGGAUGAAUUACUCUGGAAACGAAAACCUCCCUUUUAUAGUACAUUCACUCCCUUUUUUCACAUAGCCCUUGCCAAGCAAAUAACACGUUUUUUGUUUCGUUUCGAUUAUAUUUAAUAGCCUGGUUUUUUUUUUAUCGUCUGCCCGGAGCCACUGAGCAGUGAAGUAUAAUUGCACUGCUUUGUUGUAAUGUUUUCCAGUUUAUAUGUUUUCUUUUCCACAAAGUGUUUGGAAAUAAUGACCUUGACUUGAGGUUUGGGUCUCACAUUUGUUUCUGAGUAAACUAAAGAAUUAAGUACUUUUCGAAAUUCCCUAAAACCAGUAGAGGUAAAUUAAGUUUCCAGUUUUAACUGUCAACUAAUUUGCGCAGACCUACUCAUGAAUAUCCACGGUAUUCAGUUUUGCAUUGAGUUGAAGGUGAUCCAUACUUAAGAAGUUUCUGUUCAGUCAGACAUCAUGGUGUUCAUAUGUGAUUCAUUGAUUACUUUUUAAUCACUAGACAUUGUGAACCUGACUUGACCUGAUACAGACACAUUUAGUUGCAGAGUACUUUAAUAACCUUGACUGAUCAAAUCCCUGGUAAUCGAUUUAUGCUCCCUAAUUUCUAUCUAUUAGGGAUAGGGGGCAGCAUACAGUGUGGAACUUCUGUUCCACCUUAUUAUUUGCCAAUCACACAGAAUGCAGGAGUAACUCUUGCCCUCUUUUUUGUGUGUUGUAAGUGUGCUGGGCUUUGAUUGUAGGCAUCGUUAAAUCAGUUUGUUUGGCCUGAUUAAACAUCUGAGGGGGUGUGUGGCUGCCUCAAUGUAUUUUCCUGUGACAAAUGAGCCUCACUGUGACACCAUUGUCUGGGUAAACCCCACGGGCCGAGGGCUUCUUAAUGGUGAGAGGCUGAUUGUCAUGUCCUGCACUCGAGAAUCCUUCUCUUAUUGGGAACAGGCAUGUGUGACUCUUUCGUCCAUAAUUUUUACAGGAAAAGUUGUUGCAUCUUGUUAUAGAGAAAUUCUGAGUGCCUUCAGAUGAAGGAAUAAAUAUGAAAGUGGAAGUAGUACCCCUAUUAAAUAGUAACAGACAGCCAAGACCUGCUAGAUGUCCAAAACAGACCAAGCUCAGCCCAGUGUUUGAAUUUUUGGGGAAAACCCUAGACAUCCUAUGUCAUGUGGUGGAAGCCUUUCAGUUUAGAAAUGUACGUUCAGAAACUAUGCUUCACUGGCUGAAAUUAUUCAGAGAGAUAUCCCUGAACUAUCUACAAGACUAAGAAGAAAAAAGACACUCUGCUGCCCUUGAAAUCAUAGGUUUGUCCUCAGGCACAGCUUUGCUGGUUAAUGGUCACUUCUGUUUCCUGCUUCCUUUUUCUUUUAGGAAACUGACCAUUCCUUUUCUUGGCAUGUGACUAUGCUUUGUGUCCCGAGUGGAAGAGACACAUCAGUGUUGUUUCAUGUGAAAUGUUUAGCGCAGAAUUUCUGUUUCUGGGACUAUUAAAAUGAUAAAAGGUAUAUUUUUGAAGGAGCAUUUGAAAACAAUGCUUGUUGUAUUCAAGUCUGAAGUUAAAAAUAGCGUUGGUGUGUGUGUUAUGCAUACUGAAUUUACAGCUGAUUUUUAUGCUCAUACUGAAUAGCUUUUGUCUCUACUUGCCUACGUUUUCCCACCUACAGCAGCCAGUGGCCUUAAAGUCCCUCAUGCGUUGCAAAUGACCUGCUUAUCAAAGAUGCCCAGGCUGGCCUGCCAACACAUUCUAGCAUUUUAAAAAAAUCUAGAGCUCUCUUGCCUGGAAUCUUUCUUCCCACCUACAUUCAUGCUGUCUCUCCAGUCAUUUUCAGUGGUGACUGACGAUUCUGUUAGUUCUUUAUUUAUUUUGCAUUCUUUCCAUUGUGUAGUUGUUCCGGGUUUGCAAUGUUUCAUGAUUCUGGGCUUACAUUUUCCACCAGUUUUAGAUAUGGAACUUAACAAUGUCAUUUGAUUUGUGUCCUUUUGGUAGUCAGUUUAUUUAGAUUUUGCAACCAAAAUAGUUAUUCAUAGACAUUCUGAUAUUUAAAAUUUUGGGGUUUUAUAGAUGUGAUCAGAACCUUUAUUAGGUUGUGAUAUCUAUGCUUACUUUUGCAGGAUAACAUGACUGUAAUUGUUUUACUCUGCUGGCAGUAAGCUUGUUGGAUACCAUGUAUUUAUCAAAAAAGGAGAUUAUGUGCUGUGUGGAAGAGAGAGGUGUUUAAAUGAAAAACAGGGUUUCUGUGUGUAGACGGCAGGAGAGUUUCGCUCAUCUCUAUCUCAGACGAGAUGGAAUCACCUGGUUGUUGUUCUUUGAGAGGAGGCAUUUUGAAUCUCUUCUCCAACAUUCCCAGGAAGAGCAGUCCUUCCUCUGGUUCCUCCUGUGCAGGGCUGGAGUUCAGAAGGUCGGGGACUGGCUAGUGGGAAGGAAAUGCAGUUCCACCCUUUUGGACAGAACUCCCUUGGAAGGGUGUGGAGAGAAUGCACGAUGAACAGGUUGAGUGGGGAAAGCAGGAGCUGUCUGUCAGCGAGAUUGAGCAGAAGGUGAAGGAGUAUAACGCUCAGAUCAACAGUAACCUCUUCAUGGCACUGAACAAAGAUGGCUCCUACACUGGCUUCAUCAAGGUCCACUUCAAACUGAUACGACCCGUGUCGGUUCCCCCGCCCCGAAAGAUGGCUGCAUCACAGGAUGGGGGUCGUCGGGGCACGUGUGUGAAGCGGCGCACCUCAUUCUACCUUCCCAAGGACACGGCCAAGCACUUGCAUAUUAGCUCACGCACCCGUGCCCGAGAGGUGAUCGAAGCACUGCUGAACAAGUUUACCGUGGUGGACAACCCCCGCAAGUUUGCCUUAUUUGAACGCAGUGAGCGUCAUGACCAGGUGUACUUGCGGAAGCUGGCAGAUGACGAGCGCCCCCUUCAGCUGCGGCUGUGUGCGGGACCCAGUGAAAAGGUCCUCAGCUUGGUGCUGAAGGAAAAUGAGACAGGGGAGGUCAACUGGGAUGCCUUCUCCAUGCCGGAGUUGCACAAUUUCUUGCGUAUCUUAAAGCGUGAGGAGGAAGAGCAUGUCAAGCAGAUCGUGCAGCGCUAUGCCCAUGCACGAGACAAGAUGCUAGAGGCGCUGACCAGCAGCACUCCAGGCUGAGAUCGGGGUUCUGUGGCAUGUAGUUCUGACCAGUAGCCUUAUAGGGCUACUUGUCGCCCAGUGAAAUCAAAGAUCUGCCUGAAAGUGUUUGAGGACAAGAUGCAAAGCUAUCGUGCUGGUGGUCCUCUGAGAGCGAGCGAGAGUGAGAAAGUGCAGCGCAAACCUUGAAGUGCCUUCGACCUGGAGAGAGUGAGUUAUGCUUGUGUGGAAAAACGAGCGAGAGAGAGCGCGCAAGAAUUCACAGAACAGCCAUGUCCAGUUGUGCAAGCCUUGCUAGACUUACUCACAAAUGUAUUCACACUUCCAGCUGUACACAUGGUGCUGAAGGCACCUGUGUCUGCACAGAGGGGACACAAGUGUUGUAAGUUAUGAAGGGUUGUUGCUGCUGUUGAUAUGUCGGCUGUUCUUGUCAUCCCCCUAUUCUUCCACUUCCCCUAUGAGUCAUUGAGUGGAAAUUAAACUUGUUUUGAAUGGUGAGGAAAGUCUGAUUGAAUCCUGCUGAUGGUGAUUGACAGAAUGAUUGUGAACUUUUAAACCAGUGUGCCCAGCCGGCAUUUCAAUGAUUAUUCAAAAAUUAAUCAACGUCAUGGAUCAAGGUUCAGUCACUGUUAAAUUUUGUUUUGAAAAUUGCCUCAGCGUUGAUAUUAUGAUAAUAAAAUGCUAAUAAAAUAAUGUUGAUCAUAAUUUAAAAGGCAGAAUGUUUUUGCAUGUUGAUUCAACGUACAGGUCUUAUUAAAAUUUGUGUUCCUUUGUAAAACCAUUAGCAUUAAACAUAUCAACGUUGAAGAUUGAUCGCAUUCUGGCUGGGUGGCCUGGAACAACUGGGGUAAUCGGAAAUUAGGUUUUUAUAUACACCCUGGACAUUACCAGACUGAUAACUAGUGCUCUUUACUGCCAUGUGGGGGAAGAAGGCUGUUUUGCCCUUUUUAAAAUGAAAGGGUGGAACAGUUAAGCAUGGUAGAUUUAAUACUUUAUGUACUUCAUAUUAUGUGUAUUUUUGUUGUCUUUAGUCAACUAAGAGCAUUUGUGUUUUUCUGCCCUCAAUAAAUAUGACAGUGCCUUUUCUGUUUACCAUCUUGUAUUCAGCCAUGUAUUUGCAGCUGUUCCUUGAAGGUUCUUCUAAAAACAGUGUCAAAUUUGACAAUGCAAAAUAAAUGAUUCCCUCACAGAA